CUUCGCCUUCCGGCAUCCCCGCUGCACCACUCCGGCCUCUACCUGCACCCGCCUGGGUCGCUGAACUAGGAGAAUGACUGUGUGUAAUCAGACGUCUGUCUUGGACAUGAUUAAAGAGUUUAGAAGGAAUUGGCGUGCUCUUUGUAACUCUGAAAGAACAACGUUAUGUGGUCCAGACUCCAUGCUUUUGGCACUGCAGCUUUCCAUAGCAGAAAGCAACAAACAGCACAAUGGAGAAUUUACAGUCUGUCUCAGUGAUGUCUUACUGACGUGGAAAUACCUCUUACAUGAGAAACUGAACUUGCCCAUUGAAAGUAUGAAAGUGGUUGACCACUAUGAAGACAUUAAGAAUACAUAUGAUGAUUUCUUGAAGAACAGUAAUAUGCUAGAUCUGAUUGAUGUUUAUAAAAAAUGUAGCACCUUGACUUCUAAUUGUGAGAAUAACAUGAUGUCCUCUAUUCAACUACGGGAUUUUCUGUCUGGCACAGAGUGUGCAGUAAAUGACGAAACUAGCCCUCAUAUACCAGCAUCCCCAGUGACAUGCAACCGGAGCGAUGAGCAGGUGUGGCUACUGGCAAAGACCAUUUUCUUUUCCUAUUUGAGCCUGCUAGUGAAUUCAAGGAAUGACCUGGCCCUGGCUCAUAUUCUCAACAUCCCUGACCGAGGACUGGGAAGAGAGGCCUUCACCAGCCUGAAGCAUGCUGCUCGAGAGAAACAAUUGUCUAUGUUUUUGAUGGCCACGUCAUUUGUUAGAGCGUUAGAGCUUGGAGGGAAAGGCUAUGCGCCGUCACCGGCAGAUCCUUUAUGGGCACAUGCCAAAGGGCUGUCUGACUUCAUUCAUUUCAUCGGCAAGUUAGAGGAAAUCCUCGGAGAGAUACCCAGUCCAAGCCUUGCAGGGGGUCGGAUAUUAUUGGUGAUAAAGACACAGCUGACCAAAGGCCACAGCAGUGGGGAUCCUUUCUAUAAAGCAGUGGAGGAGGUUGUUCAGGAUUUGAAUUUGAGGAUUAAAAAUAUUAUCAAUUCUCAAGAAGAUGUAGCUGUCAGCUCCACCAGCCUCAGUCCUGCACCGCCAAAAUCUUUUGCCAUAAACCAUGACACUGCAUACUGUGGCAGAGAUGCUGUGAAAAUGUUGCUGAUUCUUUUGGACGAAGAUGCGGCCAGUGCCCCGACCAGGAACAGAGCAGACCUUUUAUGUAAUGAUGAGAGCACACUUCCUCACAGCGGGAUGUCUCUCCUCACACUCUUCAGGUCUCCCACACAAAUGAAUAACACAUCAAUUAAACCCCUCAGAGAGAGAAUCCAUAAAUCAAUGCAAGUGGAAAAAAAUAAGAUGAGGCAGACAUUGAUUAGAUCACAGUUUGCUUGCACUUAUAAAGACGACUACCUGAUGAGCAAGAAUAAAUGGGAUGUUCAUUUAUCAUCAAAGCCGUUGUGUGCUCUGCACUUGGAAAAUGAUGCUUCUGAGGGAGCACACUCAUCUGUUGGAAGAGCAGGACCUGAAACAAGUUCUGAAAAUGUGCAUCUGGGCAAGUAUAAAGAUGACAAAAUGUUAAGAAAAUCUACAGAAAAGAAAAUAUCAAAAAGGAAACAGAUGGAUUUUGACAGUGAGAAUGUUCACUGUGAUAAUGGAAACGAACUGCACCAACAUAAAGAUGUUAAGAUCCCUAAAGCACCCAAUGACGCACGCAGUAAAGCUGGUGGCAAGCUAGCCCGAGGGGCAAAAGGCAGUAGGUGUGCUGCCAAGGUCAAACUGAUUCCUGGCCAGACCAAGAUAAGUCAGUUUUUUAGGCUAUGA